AUGGGCUUCUGGGGAGAACGACUGUUCCAAAAUGACCGUGACCUUGAUCUUGUCUGCAUUCUCUCCGAACACCUCGGCGUCGACGACAUAUACAUGCCUGAUGACCCCGAGAAGCUACGCGACGAGCUAGACAGCGGCAAGCUUGAAGCCGAGUUUGUCAAACUGCGUGACGGUGCCUACGCCUCGGAUGAAAACCUGGAAUUCUUCGGCGUCAAGACCGCCGUUGUUGUCCUGGCUGCCAGCGUCAUGCGUCACGGCGCCACCAUCUCGGACGACUUCCGCCAGCACGUCAGGAAGUGCCUCAACUCUCGCCUUCAGAUGUACCAGCAGGCCAAGGACGACAUGGCUGCUGCUAUCGACGUCUAUCGCAACGGGACCCCGCUCGAUAUCGCCGGCAUGGGUCUGUUUGAGCUGGCGAACAGCGACGAACGCCCUCAGGGAGGCGGACUCAACUUGUUGUCCCCUCAGAUGUUCAACGUCUGCGAGACGGUUGAGGAUGAGUGCAACACGUGUGGCAAGCAGAACGAUGCGCUGCUGCACUGUGGCCGAUGCCGCAAGGCUCGUUACUGCAACGCCGAGUGCCAGAAGAAGGCCUGGAAGAUGCACAAGCCCGCGUGCGCACCUGCUGCUUAG